UGCGCAGAAACGCUUAAGAAAGUUUGUCCCGGGUCGCUCGCCGUCCUCCGCCCGGCUCUUCGGCGUGCGCUGGUGUCCAGGGCCUAGGAGUCCGUGAUGGCGUUUCUGUGUCAGCGCGACAGCUACGCGCGGGAGUUCACCACCACCGUGGUCUCCUGCAGCCCUGCUGAGCUGCAGACGGACGCGAGCGGCGGCAAGAAAGAAGUGCUGAGCGGUUUCCAUGUGGUUCUGGAAGACACGCUGCUUUUCCCCGAGGGCGGGGGCCAGCCUGAUGAUCGUGGUACCAUCAAUGACAUCUCUGUGCUGAGAGUUACCCGCCGUGGGGCCCAGGCUGAUCAUUUCACACAGACACCUCUGUCCCCUGGGAGCCAGGUCCAGGUCCGCGUGGACUGGGAGCGGAGGUUUGAUCACAUGCAGCAGCAUUCAGGGCAGCAUCUCAUCACAGCAGUAGCUGACCAUCUCUUUGGGCUGAAGACGACGUCAUGGGAAUUAGGGAGACUCCGGAGUGUGAUUGAGCUGGACAGCCCUUCUGUGACUGCAGAGCAGGUAGCUGCCAUUGAGCAGAGUGUCAAUCAGAAAAUCAGAGAUCGGCUACCUGUGAGUGUGCGAGAGCUGAGCCUGGAUGACCCUGAGGUGGAGCAGGUGCGGGGCCGGGGUCUCCCAGAUGACCACGCUGGGCCUAUUCGAGUUGUUACCAUCGAGGGUGUCGAUUCCAACAUGUGCUGUGGGACCCACGUGAGCAAUCUCAGUGACCUGCAGGUCAUUAAGAUUCUGGGCACUGAGAAAGGGAAAAAGAACAAAAGCAACCUGAUAUUUCUGGCUGGGCACCGGGUACUGAAGUGGAUGGACCGAAGUCAUGGGAGAGAGAAAGCGCUGACCACACUACUGAAGUGUGGAGCUGAGGAUCACGUGGAAGCAGUGAAGAAGCUCCAGAAUGCCACCAAGCUCCUGCAGAAGAACAACCUGAGUCUCCUCAGAGACCUGGCUGUGCACACUGCCCACAGCCUCAGGAGCAGCCCAGACUGGGGAAGUGUGGUUACGCUACACAGGAAAGAGGGUGAUUCUGAGUUCAUGAAUAUCAUCGCCAACGAGAUUGGGUCAGAGGAGACCCUCCUGUUCUUAACUGUGGGGGAUGAGAAAGGUGCUGGGCUCUUCUUAUUGGCAGGGCCAGCGGAGGCCGUGGAGACCCUGGGGCCCAGGGUGGCUGAAGUCUUAGAAGGCAAAGGAGCAGGGAAGAAGGGCCGCUUCCAGGGCAAGGCCACCAAGAUGAGCCGACGGGCAGAGGUGCAGGCACUUCUGCAGGACUAUGUCAGCUCACAGAGUGCUGAGGAGUGAGGGGCCAGGAUGCCCAUCCCUGUGAUCAUAGCAGUCUUUUGGACAGUAAAAGAGUGUGACCCAAAA